CAUCAUGCAUCGCGAGGACACGUCACCGGUCAGACAGCGGCGGAAACCGGAAACCAAAAACCAAAACCGGGGAGAGAAUCUCACUGCACAAUGUCAGUUAUUCUCUUCGCUUCGGUGGUCCGUGUCCGGGACGGUUUGCCGCUGUCAGCUUCAACAGACCAUGAUCAAAACGUGUCCGUACAGGAAACCAAGAAAUACCUGAAGGUCAUCUCCAAAAAACUGGAACAGUUUCCUGAUAGGUGCACACUGGAGAGAGGCCCCUACAAUGUUAAUUUUAUCAGUUCCCUGGGAGUGAGCUACAUGAUGCUUUGCUCUGAAAAUUACCCCAGUGUAUUGGCAUUCUGCUUCCUGGACGAGUUACAGAAGGAAUUUAUAACCACCUACGACAUGGGCCCUAUAAACACUGCGGUCAGACCGUACUCCUUCAUCGAGUUUGAUCAUUUCAUCCAGAAAACAAAGCAGAGAUUUAAUAACCCACGGUCCCUUUCUACAAAGAUGAACCUGGCCAAUAUGCAAACUGAAAUCCGACUGAGACCGCCAUAUCGGAUCUCCCUGCAGGAGCUUGACCUCGGAAAUGGACUCAACCAUCAGAAGAACCCUACGUAUAAAGGAAUUGCUCCUCACCAGAGACUCGAACCCCUGACCUUGGCUGGGAUUAUCUCUGUUCUCCUUAGUCUGCUCUGUGCUGGCCUGAAUCUAAUCAGGGGAUUCCACGCUAUUGAGAGCCUGCUGCAGGGUGAAGAUGAUUUUACCUGUGUCAUCGCCUUCUUCCUGGGAACUGCUGCCUGCUUGUACCAGUGCUAUCUGUUUAUCUACAUCACAAGCUGGAGAACCGUCAAGUCUUUCCUGGCCUUUGGACUGAUCUGCCUGUGUAACAUGUACCUCCAUGAGCUUCGCAAUAUAUGGCAGCUCCUAUUCCACGUUACCGUCAGUGCGUUCACUACGCUUCAGAUUCGGCUACGUCAGCCGCUGGACAAGUCUCCUGAUUACAACGUCUGAUGGGAGUUCGUGGCGAAUCAUUCCCAGCUUAUACUGUCCCAUUCGGGAUGCUUUAUAUUCCAUUCACCUGCACUUUCCAGAGCUAAUUCUGAAUCCCAGUUAUUACGGAGAUCUGCGGCACACUUGGAAACACAGAUGUUUUUUUUAUUUUCUGUUAUUGCCUUUGUAAGGCAGUGAUGUUGUGAAUUAUUAAUAAAACUUAACAGACUGUCCUCUA